ACGAACGAACGUGUGUAAACUUUUUAAUGCCACGCGACACUCUUUUAAAAAAAACCGCUUUAUUUUCAUAUUCGUAUCGAAAAUUUAUGGAAAAACGUUGAAAACGAAGAAUCUCAUGAAAUUUCUUUCGAUAUAAUCCCUAACACGUCGAUACGACAUAAUCAUCGCUAUACCUAUCGAAUAUCACGAAUUCACCGAGCACCGGGUAUAUUCGUAACGCGGAUGGAAGCGCGUUGGCAGGUUCGUUUGGCUGACGGUAGGCGGUGCGGUAGUCAAUAGACGGUAGAAGUAGGUGGCGCUAAGCGCAUCGAUGGCGACGAAUGGAUGCGCGAGGGAGUCAGUCGUAGAGCCACCACGCACGGUGACGGUCGUUGAUGAGUUUGUACGGACGAGCGAUAACGAGUAAAAACGAGUAAGAGAGAGAGAGAGAGAGCGCAAAUUUGACGAAUCAAGACGAGGAAGAAGAAAGAAAUCGUUGGCAGCGUUUCUCGAUCGUUUACAAAGCGGAUCGCACGUUCAUCUUCGUCGUCGAUUCCUCCUCGGCCGUACGCGGUUGUUGGUGCGUUCGAGAAAUCGCCUUGGCGCGCGCGCGCGCGCCCCAGUGCGUGCGCGAGAGUUUGGAGCGAGAGAGAGAAAGAGAGAGAGAGAGAGAGAGAGAGAGAGAGAGAGACCGAGAGAGGGGGAGGAAAGAGAGAGCGCAUCGCACUUUGUCUCUCGACGACGCCGCCGUGUCGUUCUCUCGGCCGAGAUACUUUAGAGUGUUGUGGUGUUAUUUUUCGCAAGGCAAACCCAUAACAAGAUUCACGGCGAAAAAAGAUUCUUGCCAUUUACGUGGCUACACUUUUUUCUCGUGGAGGCGCUGGAGGUAGAGGAGAGAUCCGCAAAGCGAUACGAGAAAAAGUAAUUGAUAGAAACUGAUCGAGAGUAAAAGAGAGAGGAAAGUGGAAGGUGGGUGAGAACGGGAGACGGAGGGCCGGAGGUAACCAGUGACGGAUUUUUUUUCGCACAACGGUGGAGCAAAACGGCCUCAAACUGUGGGGCUCUGGGGCGUUCUUCCUUCCUCCGCAAGGGAUGUACUACCCUCACAUGGUGCAGACAGGAAUGGCUGCGCCGUACGGUGGGGGUGUCUUCCCACCACCGGUAAACGGUGUCGCGGGCGUCGUUGGGGCGGCCGGGGCAGCGGGCGAGGUGAAACCACCGCCGCCUGUGCCAGUGAAGGAGGACAACAGCGGAACGGGCCAGCAGGCACCACCAAGUGGAGCCCAGGUAUCGGCACCGACAAGCGGACCCCAUCCUUCGGCACCGGGGGCACCAACGGCAGCCAGUUUCAGCCCACCUCCGCCACCGAACGGCGUCGAUCAGCAGGCGAUCUCGGAGGUGUUUCAGGCGGCGGUAGCUGCGGCGGCUGCGGCGGCCGCGAGCGGAGGUGGACAACAAGCCGCUACCACUCAGGGAGGAAACGAGACGAGCCCGGAGGGAGCCGUCGAAGCUGGAUCUCUCGUACCGGUGACCUCAGGCGCGACAACACCGGCUACCGUGACGCAGGCCACGGAUCUCAAGGGCCAGCCUAAGCGCCUGCACGUCAGCAAUAUACCCUUUCGUUUCCGAGACCCCGAUUUGAGGGCGAUGUUCGGGCAAUUCGGCCCGAUCCUCGACGUGGAAAUCAUUUUUAACGAGAGAGGAAGCAAGGGAUUCGGUUUUGUAACAUUCGCAAAUAGUGCUGACGCGGACCGGGCACGUGAGAGGCUACACGGCACCGUGGUUGAGGGCAGAAAGAUUGAGGUGAACAAUGCAACGGCGAGGGUGCAGACGAAAAAGCCACCGACGGUACCCAACGUUUGCGUACAAUGGCCAGAGGGAUACAGGUUGCCGGCGAUGCCGUGGAGCUGGCUGGGUGCGGCAGCGCCAUCGGCAGCCGCGGCUGCUGCGGUCGCCGCGGCCGCUGUUACACCAUCCCCCGCGGCUGCUCCGCUCGUCCUUACACCGAGGGCGGCGGCGAGACGAAGCGUCUAUUACGACCCCUUCCUAGCAGCACACGCGGCGACACAGGAUCCAAACUACAGGCUACAGUUGGAAUGGCCGCAAGCUACAGCCGAAGCAGCUGCAGCGGCGGCCGCAGCAUCGCCAUUGCUAAAGACGCCGCUCUCGACGGCACAGCAAGCGACUUAUGCAGCUGCAGCGACUUACACGGCGGUGGCUGCGCGCGCAUACGGGGCAGCUGCAGCGGCAGCACAGCCGGUCGCAGGAUAUGCCGCAGUAGCGGGUUACGGACGCGAAUACGCCGACCCUUAUCUCGGACACGGCAUCGGUCCGGUGGCAGGAUACGGGGCAACGGUCUAUAGAGGCGGAUACAACAGAUUUACGCCUUAUUAAAGGAGAGUUUGGAGAGAGGGGAUCGGCAAGGAACGCGACGACCAAAAAUCGACAAUGACGAUCGUCGUCGUCGCGUCGUCGUCGUCGUCGUCGUCGUCGUUGUCGCUGUCGUCGGUAAAGCCGCGAAACAAGAAGCAGCGGUACACGUUCGCGCACACGCAUAUUAUACACGAGAGUACACCGACGCGCAUAGAGGCGCACACAUCCAACGUUACACGCAAAGCACAUCGACGAGAAAGAAGCGACGCCUGGACCCUUUAAAGUAAGCCUGCCAACGUUCGAGAGCAGCUCCUACCCACCACCGCCAUCAUCAGUGAACAGAAAACGUCGUCGAUCGCGCGUACAAAAUCAUCCCACGCUCUUUUUCUUCACGAACAUUUGCGUUUCUAAGAUCGAAAGGACUAAGAGAGAGAGCGCGCCUAUCGCUUCUCUCCUUUUUUCCAUCCCUCCCCCCCCCCCCGUUUCUAGCCAGUUAUUUAUUUAUCAAUAGCAGUCUCGACGAUAGGAGAAAAAGGACUCACACACACAAUUGCCGGAAAUAAUAGUAUCUAGAAAGAGAAGCAUCUAUAUCACCUUGAAAACCGAUUCGCGUCCUUUUAUAGAGCGCUGGACGAUGAACACAGCCGGACGUUGCACAGGGUCUCAACAGGGUCUAGUCAGACACUCUCUCUCUUACCGGUUCCUAAUCGAAGCACCACCGAUUUUAAAACGUCGCAAAUAUAGAGAUCACCCUAGAUCCGCGAUUCGCUAGAAAGACAAAUUAAUACUUGAAAGCGUACUCAAUACUCUCUGGCAAGGCGAACCGAAGGGAUCGGCACGUAUAUCCGAUCUAUAUAUUUCCUUCGAAAUAUAUAUUGUUUGUUCGCCUUUCCAUUUUCCUUAUCUUUUUCUUUUUUUUUUCAUUUUUUUUUUUCCCCCUUUUUCCUCUCAUUACAUCUCUCAGCAUCGUAUUCUACAAACGCUAGAAUUUACGUCGAAAAACCAAAUCAAAACGUAUGCGAAUCACACCGCACGAGCGCACGAAACGUUUACGUUUAGUUUCAUUGGGCGGGCGCCAACUCGCUCGCUACUUUUAUUAUUGCUAUAAAUAUUAUUAUAAUUUUAUUAUUAUUAUUAUUUUAUCAUUAUCAUUAUUGUUAUUAUUAUUAUUAUUAUUGACAUUAGACCGCGCGAAAGAUCUCUCUCAUACGAGGAGAUAUGAGAAUGCAAAUGAAAGACGACGAUGGUCAAGAUCUGUUUUCUUUUUUUCUUUUUUUUCUUUUUAUCCUCCAAGAGAGAGCGUGCGCGCGUCCGCGUCGCUGACUAGGUUUUAACAUUCGAAGAAAUGCGACCGUAGUAACGGAUGUCGCGUCGACGAUCGUACGUCUAUUGUCCAAAGAUCGGUCUUUCGAACACGAUCGGGAAAACUCGGGAAGAGGGAAGAUAUCGAUUCUGAGGAAUUUGCGUCUCGCGUACUUCGCGAAUGAUCAUAAAAGGAAAAGGACGCUUUUAUCCUUUGUGUAUAUUUUUGAUAGGUCGUUCUUUGUUUUAAUACACGAUUGCUCGAUACACACACACACACACACAUCGUCGUCGUAGCCGCGCGCCGUCUAUCCUCCUCGUGUAACAGAUAACACAGUUCGCGCACACACACGGCAUAAUUCUUUAUGAAUUUUUGUAGUAACACUUUUGUAUUAUACUUGCUAUUAUUAUUUUUACGGAUUUAAUCAGACCGGCCGUAUCGCGACAAGUGAGAACGAGCUUUUAAUUAAAAAGAAUCGUCGCGGACGUUUUUUUAUAUUCGAUUCGAUAAUAGAAUAAUCGAUAUCUUAAUGGGAUUUAGCGAGGACAUUAUUUUCUUUCUCUGAAUGUAUCACGAGUUUGUCUCUCGAGUGCACGCGUCUAACGACCUAUUUGAAUUGUCGUCAAUGUUCGUUAAUCCUUUGCUCGCUUUCUCCCGAUCGUAGUCGAGGAUCGACGAUAUAUCACGAAAGAGGAAAAACAAAGACAAAGUUACGCUUACGAUGGAUUUAACAAGAAAUGGAAAUUGAACGCACAUUGAGACGAGUGAGAGUGAUGUAUCACCAUACGCCCUUACCUUUUAAGUUAUAAUUAGCGCGCGAGGAUUUAUCUAAUAUUAUACGUAAGAGAAUAACGAGAGAGAGAGAGAGAGAGAGAGAGAGAGAGAGAGAGAGAGGCGGACGUCGUAGGGAAAAAAAAGGAAAAAGAAAGUAGAGGAACGGAGAGAAAGAGGACGGCGGCGAGCCGAUGGAUAGACAUUGCGAGGGGGAAUACGAAGUAGCCAAAUAUGACGAAAGAUUUAUCUUUAACUAUCCAACGGCUAGGAAUAGUCUUCUGACCGUUAUUUUACGUUUUAGUUUUAAAAUUUUCUUAGAACAUUAGAAUAAGGCUAACGACGCAUAGCUCUCUCUAUACCUUUCGAGAAUGGACAGAACAAGAUGGUAGUCUUUCUUUGCGUGUGCGUGGGUGCCAGUUAUAUAAAUGUGUAAAUAGAGAACGAUCGAUCGUCGAGCACAAAAUAAGCCGAAGAACGUAGCCGAAGAAGACUCAAGAUAUACUCAUAAUUUUCUCGUAAACGUUAAGAUUGACGAGUCGGUAGAUCGUAAUGAAAUUCAACACAAAUAUAUAUAUAUACUAUAUAUAUAUACAUAUAUAUGUACAUAUGUAUAUAUACAUAUAUAUACAUAUAUAUAUUCAUAUACAUAUGUAUGUACACCACACACACACACACACACACACACACACACACACACACAUGAAAUUAAAACGUGUGAGAGGUAAAAUCUUAGCUGCUACGCGAUUACGGUUACGAUUAGGAUUAGAAUUACGAUUACGAUUACGAUUACAAUAACGGUAAACUUUAUUCUACCAAGGGAAUAGCUCGAGAGGAUGGUGGUUAUUAUCAAAGUCGAUAAUCGAUUUUUCCUUCUUUCGAGGAAGAUGAAAAAGAAGGAUCGAAGAGAGCCAUUAUAGUAUUUAGCCGAUGAUAGACGAAAAUUGAUCGAUCACAUUUGGAAAUUUUGCAAAUUUCAAAGACCGCGUCUCGAACGAACGAACGAACGAAUCUGCUUUGGGAGUUAAUUCUGUGUAAUGUGAACUGUGACUAAAAUUUAUACUUACUCGUAAUCGAUAUCUUUAUCGGGGUAGGCUAUUAUUAUUAAAUAGUUGAUAGUGAUUAAGUCAAGCUCAAAUUAGGAAAAGCGCGUCACGAGUGCACAACCAAAUCUUUCGUUCUUCUCUUUCUUUUCCUUUGGGCCUUUUCUCCUCUUCUUCUUUAUCUCUUUUUCUCUUUUCUUUUCGCUUUUUUUCUUCUCUUCUUUUUUUCCCUUUCUCUCUCUCUCUCUCUCUCUCUCUUUUGUUUUUCUCUUUUUUUUUCUCGUUUUUUCGACAUACGAUCGUAUCGCGUCCCUUCUUUCUCCUCCUUCUUCCUUACCACUUUUAGCUUUAUAAGCGAUAGAAACGCGUAAAGACAAUUUUAAAUUCCAUCGUCCUUUCGUUUAUAUCCCGAAUCGUUUAGACCAUCGAUCUAAAACAUUAGCGAACGGGAGGAAGGGAAGAAAAAGAAUUCUAAUAAGAAAAAUAAAGAAGAACCUGAACGAAUCAAUUUCAUUUCUAUUAAUUUCAUUGUUUUUCGCGGCGGGUCCUACCAAAUCAAUUGUAUCGGGGAAAAAAAGGAGAAGAAAAGAAAAGGAGGGGGAGGAGGAAGGAAAGAAAGAAAGAAAGAAAAACAAAGAGAUAAGCGAGCAAUGUAUAAAGUUAUUCAAUGAUACGCACCGUAUGUUAUACGUAUAAAUACUUACAACUAGCGAUAUAAAACAUUAAUUACCAUUAAAGGGAAUUUUUAAAUGAAUUUAGAUGAAUACAUGACGUAAUGACACAUCUAACGAGCAACAUAUCCUAGCGUAUUAGGCAGGGCGCGUUAACCGAGAUCUCUCUGUGCUUUUUACCGUCUUAGUCCUACGAGAGAGUCGACGUUGCGCUAAACGGCAAAAAAGAAGGCAAAGUAUGAUGAACGCCCAUACAAACUCAUUCACACGUAAUACUCGAAAGGAGUUGAAGUCGUAUUCUCGAAAGGGAAACAACAACUUGCGAUAAGAGGAAAAAAGCAAAAGUUGUAUAUACACACAUAAAAAUAGAUAGCGUAAACGCAACGAUAUAAAAUGAAAGAAACGUGGGCCGAGCGACAGGGAAAAUUUCAAUGCUCUUCUAAUGAAUGAUCUUGGCAAAAUGAUUGUGCCCGUUUUCGAGUAAAAGAAAAAUAUGUAAUACGAGAAAGAGGAAUGUUCCAUGACAUUAAGGCGUUACAAUGAUUAUUAUCUAUAUUUAGGUCAAAGAUUUGCGUGCGUGCGUGCAUGAAUGUAAAAAGUUUAUCGUGUUUGCGCUGAGUGUUUGAGAGAGAGAGAGAGAGAGAGAGAGAGAGAGAGAGUGUGUAUGUAACAACGCGUAUGAGUGAAAUGAGAGAAAACGCAUCUCGCGUACCUCCUCGAAACAACAACACUUUUUUUUUCUCGUCUUUUAAAACGUAGCACGAAGAUGGCAAGCUAACGCCGGCCCGCGCGCCGCUGUUCGAGAUAUCGUAAAUUAUAAAUGAAUGAAUUCAAAUAAUUAUAUUCUUAAUUAUUAAUAAUGUUAUUAUUAAUUAAAUUGUAAUGUGAAAGUAAAGAGGAAAGAUGACAAAAGGGAAUAUGGUACAGGAAUAAUCAGCGAGACACGAAUAAAGCACGAGCGGAAUGACUUGGACGGGCGAUAUCUGUAAAUUUUCGUUUUUCUCUCUCAGCGCGCAAAUCAAUAUAGACACAUUUAUAUAUAUAUAUAUAUAUAUAUAUGUAUAUAUAUAUAUAUAUGUAUAUGUAUAUGUAUAUAUGUAUAUAUGUAUAUGUAUAUUCUACUGGAUGUGAUUCGCGAACGGAUACGACGCACUAAACGCUUCGUCUUCGUUCGCGCAAAUUCACAAAAGACAUUUUGCAGAUUCGCAGCGCGACUCGUUUCGUUUCGUUUCCUUUCUUAGGCGCUAAAGCGCGAACGAUACGUUGAGAAUGAUAAAAAAGAAAAAAGAUACAUUAUAUACAUACACACAUAUGUAUAUAUAUAUAUAUAUAUAUAUAUAUAUAUAUACAUAUAUGCGUAUACAUAUACAUAUACAUACACGACAUAGAGAAGAGAGAGAGAGAGAGAGAGAAAUGUGAAAAAAUUGCAAGCGAACAGGAAAUACAAUCAUCUCGAACUUUAGUUGCAAAAUAUUGAUAGGGAUAAAAGAUGUCGUUUGUGACACCUUUAUCAUUGUCUGAUUUGAUGAUAUUUUCUAAGUCUGGACCAGUUGUUAGGUUCUUAUUACUCCCAUAGCGACUUCUUAUGGCGUAUUUUCUCUGUAUAUUGUCAAUGUUUAUUAUUAAAUAUUUUUCAAAUAAAAAAUAAUCCUCUUCUA